AUGUGGAACUCGUCCGAAAUUGAUGAAGCCUAUGCGAAUAUGACGCAUGUUUCUGCACCGUCACCACCGCUAGCUAUUAUAUUCGGUUGUUUUACACUUAUUGGUAUUGUCGGCAAUUUGGCAUUAUUCCUCUAUAUUCUUAUCCAUAAACUCUAUCAAAAUUUUAUUUCAUCGCAUUUCAUUGCCCAUUUAUGUAUUACAAAUCUUGUAGCUUUAAUGAUUCUGAUUCCCAUAUUUCUUUAUACAUUAUGGACUGGAGUUAAUGUAUUCCAAGAGAGCAACUUCAUGUGCCGAUUACAAGCCCUACUUACCUGCACAGUAUGGACGGUAAUGGCUUUGAUGGCUCUGUGUAUUGCCGGUGUGCAUCUACUCACAUUCGCUAGAAUUCACUACGAUCAAUUAUUUGGACUACGUCCUGGAAUUCUCUGUAUGCUGUCCUGGGUAAUCUCGUUGGUCCUGGCGCUACCAUCUGUCACCAACGGACAUAUUGUCAUCUAUGACGCCUCACUACGACACUGUGUCUGGGGCCAUUCUGAUUCCGGCCUCAAAUUCCUUACCUAUCUCCUCAUACUCGGUGUACUUAUUCCGGCAGCAUUCUCUUCUUACGCCUACAUACGCGUUCUUGGAAUACUCUAUCACAGCCCUAUUGUAUUUCAGUCACUCGGACUCUACAAAAGCCGAUUUCUCGUCUACGCAUUUCUAUUCAGCCCAAUGUAUCAAGUGCCAUUCUAUGCAGUCACCAUGAUGCACGCCAAGCACUCAUGGCGUUUUCAAACAGAGGCGUUUUGGCCAGCGAUUUGCAUGUUUCUCGCUUUUACUCAAUGUCUCGUCUCACCGGCACUCUAUGGUGCCAGCUUGUUCAUGAUGAAGGAAGAAGAUAUGGCCUUGACGGCACGAACACACAAGGGUGCUACCGGAUAUCAACACGUGCAAUCUCACAAUAUGCAAGCUCAACUGAUCUGA